UAUGAAAUCCUGCUAUGCAUAUGAAGUAACCAUUUUAUAAACGCAAUAAGCCCCGCAGAGCAGUUGGGUUACAGUGCAUUUUAUAACAGCUAAGGGGGUUUUAGGCACUCUGCUUCACGUCGUGCCUGACAACGCCCCUUCGCUGAUAUAAAAUGCACUGGUAACCCACUGCUUCUUGGGGCUGAUGCUUUAUUUUAGGGUGAACUAUCCCUUUAAAAAAGACUUAAUCUCAUUCUAGAAGUGUCACCAUAUAAUGCAAAAAGGAUUGUGAAAGUCUCAAUAAUAAUAAAAAAUAUUGCUCCAUUUGACAACUCCUACAAAAUAGUGGAAUACUCACAAAAUAAUCAUGAAUUACAUUAUAUGUUUUAUCAUUGAUCAAUAGUUAUGUUGUCUCUAUUUUAAUAAAAUAUUAACAAAAAUAAUAAAACAAAAUAGCUGGAUAUGUUUACAAAUGUUGGUUUAUUUGAUGUGCAAUGACCCAGCUGUAAUAACAGGACUGACACCUGUCUUCUGUCUAUAUGUGUGAAUCUAAAAAAAGAUACAGAAUCUCAAUUCUUCAUCCUUCUUUGUGCAAAUAAGAUUGAAAAGACAAUUUAAUUGUUUCAUGUUUCUUUCAGAUGUGAAGAGUGAUUCAUGUUUGGAUAUAGAAAUAACGUCCUCAACAUCAAAAGAGCGACUGACAGCACAAACUCUUUCCUGCAUCACCUGUGGAAAGACAUUCAGCUCACAGAGACAUUUAGAGAGACAUGAGAGAAAACACACAGAACAGAAACUCUUCACCAGAUCUGAGAUCAGCUUUACUACCUUACAAGAGAAGAAACUUCAUUCAGAAGACCACAGAGAGAAGAAGAAGAAGAAGAAGUUUCACUGUGAGCAGUGUGGGAAGAUUUGUCUCUCUUCAUCUAAACUAAAUGUUCACAUGAGGACACACAGUGGUGAAAAGCCUUUCUACUGCACUGAAUGUGGAAAUUACUUCAGAACCAAACACAAUCUUAAAGUUCAUAAUAGACUUCAUACAGGUGAAAAACCUUACGAGUGUCCUCACUGUGAGAAGAGAUUUAGGCGUAAACGUGGUCUGAAGAGACAUGUGCUUUCACACACCAAUGAGAGACCGUAUCAGUGCAGUGAAUGUGACAAAAACUUUAGGGAUUCACGUUCUUUAAAAAAACACCAGAAUAUUCACAUUAAAGAGAAACUCCAUCAGUGUUCACACUGUGAUAAAUGUUACGGUCAUAAAUAUCAGCUGAUAGUCCAUGAGAGAGUUCAUACUGGAGAAAAACCUUAUCACUGUAGUGUCUGUGGGAAGAGUUUUAGUCAUCAAACUACAUUACUAUGUAACAAGAGACUUCAUACAGGUGAAAAACCUUUUAAAUGCUCUCAGUGUGACAUGACAUUUGCUUAUUCAGGUCACUUCAAAGUCCAUCAGAGAGUUCACACUAGAGAGAAACCUUACGUCUGCUCUCACUGUGGAAAGAGCUUCUCUAGUUCAUCUAAAUUCAUAGUUCAUCAGAGAGUUCAUACUGGAGAGAAACCUUAUCACUGUAGUGUCUGUGGGAAGAGUUUUAGUCAAAAAACUACAUUACAAUGUCAUAAGAGAAUUCAUACAGGUGAAAAACCUUACAAAUGCUCUCAGUGUGACAAGACGUUUGCUCAGUCAAAUUCCUUAAAAUCCCAUGAGAGAAUUCAUACUGGAGAGAAACCUCAUCACUGUAGUGUCUGUGGAAAGAGUUUUAGUCAAGGGUCUUCAUUACUAAACCACCAGAGAAUUCAUACAGGUGAAAAACCUUUCAAAUGCUCUCAGUGUGACAAGACGUUUACUUGUACAAGUAACUUAAAAUACCAUCAGAGAGUUCAUACUGGAGAUAAGAAAGUGUUAAUUCAUGUUGUUUUUCAUAUUUUAUUUACACAUUUAUCAUUUUUAUCUCUUUAAUUAACUAUUUUUUAUGUGUCAAACUCAUUUUUUUUAUAUUGUGUGCUGUGUGAUUUUACUAAUUGGUUUCAAAGUUUUAAUGUCAUGAAACCACAAUGUCAUUAAUUGUUCAUUAACUUUGCUUUGUAUAGAAACACACUGUGAGAGGAACUGUUCAGAUUAUUCAGUAAAUGCUUUGUUCAUUUUUACAAUGAUAAUUUCUCCUGACUUCUGCUAUAGGCCUAUUCUCUGGGCUGGUAAAUUAAAGUUUAUAUAAUUAUUCAGUAUUCUGUCAGUCUUUUUAUUCUUUCUAGGAAAGCUAAAGGAGCUGUUAUUGCAUUGAGAGCAUCUUGACCAGAUGCCAGUGUGAUAUGUAAGCACAAUAGAAAUGAACUGUAAGAGCUUGUAGAGAGGGAUAAAGAAUGCGUAGAGGAACAUCACUAUAUUUUGAGUAUAUUUUUCAUAAUGGACAAGUUUGUCACACUUUCACUGCACAGACACCAUAUAUUGUAUAACAGGUUUCUUUUUACUUUAUUAGUAUUUUAAUGACAAUCACAGUUGAAUGUGA